CAACCUCCUAACUAAUUCCUGACCACAAAUUCUUGCGAGAGGCGGGCGGUGCUCUGAGGAAACUUCAUGCACGAAACGCCCGCUUCCAGGCCUCCUGUCUCGCUUCCUUUCUCCACUCUAGUAACAACUCAGGCAGUAACGCUUUCUCUCCCUCUCCCUCUCCCUUAUCCUGGUUUUGAGUCAUGACUCCUAGCCUCACCCCCAGCUCCUAUUGAAACCCCGGACCGUCGUUCAAACGGCACGGCAAGCCUCAGGUGUGGCCUUUUCGUGUGUCUUAUAGCGCGUACAGCUCGCGGAUCAUCAUUAUCAUCAUCAUCAUCGUAAGAACUCAACGGCCGUUGCUCGUCUCGCAGACCUGCUGCCACGGCAUGUCCUUUUCGAGCCUCUGAAUCCCCUCUUAGCUUCAGUAAUGCCGCUCCCCUUGUAAUCGCCCGCCAUGAGCCUCGCCCUACCGGGGAAGCGCGUGUGCUGCGCGCAGCCUUCCUCGGGGUUGCCGCCGUCGCGGCUGCUCCUCCUCCCCACGUCCGUGCAGUGGCGAAUCUUGGACCUCCUCGACGCGCGCUCGCUCGUGAGCCUCUCCUCCUCGUGCCGGGAGCUACGAGCCGCCGUUUCCGCGUCUGCUGACCCGCAAGCCGCGCUUCGAUGGCGCCGCCUAUGCCUGGCCAAGCUCGGCCCGUGCCUCGGCGCGCUGCACCAGGCCUUUGCGCGCCACCAGAUUCCCCAGCGCUUGACGCCCGCGCGAGUCUCUUCGCUGCCGCCCGGCCAUCAGCAUGCUCCCGCGGCGAGAUCAAGAAUCCAGAAUCAAGCGGGAUCGCCGAUGGCGGCGCCGCCGAAACAGGGUCAACUGCAGCAGCAGCAGCAGGAGGAGGAGGGGCGGUUGAGCACGAGCGACAGUGCCUGGCAGACGGCCUGGCAUUGGGGCUGGGAGCCACCCCCGCACCUCCCCGACCCCCCCACUGCCCGUAGACGUGAUUCCGCGCGCAGCCGCGGAGCCAAGCGCGGGUCGGUUGGGGCCCGGUCGGGGGUGCUGUCGCUUCCGCCAAUGGCGGCGGCGGCGGCAGUGGCGGACGGCUACGGCGAGACGUGGUUCUGGCAGCGGCUGUUCGGCGCAGCCGUGCGCCCGCGCCACGUGCAGUGGUGGCCCGAAGGGGGGGAAGCCCUGCGGCAGAGCCUCGUAUCGUCGUGGCGCACGGAGCGCGCUACGGCGGAAGACGCAAUACCCUCCGUGGGGCUACAGACGGCGCAGCUGUUGCCGCUGGGCCGGCAGGCGGCCUUGGGCAUUCGCGCGGGCGCGGGCGCGGGCGUGGGUGCGAGCGCGGGGAAUGGGGAGGGGUGCGAGGUGGGCGCGAAAUGGGCGGCCUACGACGAGUCGGCGGCGGCUGUGCUGGAGACGCUCGAGCGCACGGGGCACUCCGCCACUCAGGUGGGCGAGCUGCUGGUGCUGAUAGGGGGCUUGAGCCGGCAGGGCCAGGCCACCAUCGACGUGCUCGUCUUCCGCCUCUCCUCGCUCGCUGCGUGGCGCCCCACCGUGCGCACGUGUGGGGGGGACGUGCUGCCCCGCUGCCGCUUCCGCCACACGGUGGCGGUGAUUGACGCUCCAGCCGCGCUCAGAGAAGGCGGGUUCGCAGGGAAGGACGACCCGAUUCUGUUCAUGUUCGGCGGAUAUGACCUGGAGGGCAACGUGCAUGGCAUGGAGGAGUCCUUCUUCCUCUGCCUCUCCGACGGUGGCGCCACGGUCACAUGGCGCAGGGCAAGCACCAAGGGCACCGCGCCCUCUGCCCGUUUCCACCACAUCAUGGCCGCCUAUGGGAAUGGGUCAAAAGUGCUCGUCUAUGGAGGCGAAGGAUUGGUGGUGAACGACUGGGAUGUGGUGGAAAGAGCACGGCAGGGUGGGGGGCAGGCGGAUGGAGACGAGAGGAGCGGGCAGCAAGGGCAGGAUGAACGCAGAGCAGAGGGAGAGAGGGAAGACAGGGGAAGGAGGAGAAGCAGGGAGGGGGUUCGGUGGCAACAACAACAACAUCAACAACAGCAGCAGCUGGCGCGACAGCAACGGCAGGAGCGGCAAGGACAACGGCAGCGGCGGCGACAGCAGCAGCAGCAGCAGCAACAGCAUCAGCAGCAGCAACAACAAGAGCAGUGGCAAUUCCAGCCACGCGAGCACAUGGACAGUCACAGGCUUGAGGGCGAGAUGAGGCAGGCCGGGUCACCUGGCGAGAGGCGGCAGGCCGGGAGGCAAGAGCAAGGGCCGCAAUGUGGCGAGCGCUGCACUUCCGAUACGAGUCGGCGUGCGCAUGCCAGCGAGGGGAGUGAGGGGAGGAGUGAGGAUGGGAGUGAGGGAAGGAGUGAGGAGGGGAGUGAGAGGGGGAGUGAGAGUGAGAGUGGGCGUUGGAGUGAGAGUGAGGGUGGCGUGAGAGGCAGGUGUGGUGAUGCCACGCGUGCUGCAACCACGAGUGACAGUAGCGGCUGCAGCUGCAGUAGCGGCAGCAGCAGCAGCAGCAGAUGCUACAGCAGUGAAGACAGCACUCCCAGCGGCACCAGUGCCUCAAGUAUGGCUGCUGCUGCUGGCGCGGAUGCUGCAACAGCUGGUGCUGCCAUGUGUAGUGCUCGUGGUGCCUCAGACUCUGCAGAGCGCCAGCCCACGGCCAUCGCACCAUCCAGCUCCCAUCCUGCUGCUGGUGCACCGUGUACCAGUGGCAGUGGCAGUGGCAGUGGCAGUGGCAGUGGCAGUGGCAGUGGCAGUGGCAGUGGCAGUGGCAGUGGCAGUGGCAGUGGCAGUGGCAGUGGCAGUGGCAGUGGCAGUGGCAGUGGCAGUGGCAGUGGCAGUGGCAGUGGCAGUGGCAGUGGCAGUGGCAGUGGCAGUGGCAGUGGCAGUGGCAGUGGCAGUGGCAGUGGCAGUGGCAGUGGCAGUGGCAGUGGCAGUGGCAGUGGCAGUGGCAGUGGCAGUGGUGGUGGUAGUGGGAGGGGAUGUGGGUGUGGGUGUGGGUGUUCCCAGCAGUCACCCAUGGCGUGGGAGAGUGCGUGGCAGAGUGUGGGCAGUGAACAGGGCACUGGAAGGGCAAGGAGGGCAAGGAGGACAGGUGGUGAGGGGGAGAGGCAGGCAGGUGUGCAUGCUGUUACUGCUGCUGCUGCUGCUGCUGCUGCUGCUGCGCAUGGCGAAGUGGGCCAUGGGGAAGGGGCGCGUGCGCUGGUGGUGUAUGUGCUGGAUGUGGGCAGCAUGGCAUGGUCACGCGUGCCCACGCAUGGAGUGUGCCCUGGCGUGCGCAUCCUGCACUUCGCCACCACGUACACCUGUGGCACAUCAGGCAGCGAGCACCUGGUCAUCUUUGGGGGCUACAGAGACGACAGCACCAACCUCGAAACCAUGCAGCCCUACGCCCUCAAUCUCGCCACUAUGGAGUGGCGCCGCAGCCCUUCCUCUGCCCCCAACGCCUCCCGUAACCCCUCGGCCCAACCCCCAGAGUGCCAGCCUGUUGCUCGCAACCGCAGCGGCCUUACCAAGGUAGGGGAGGACACGCUGCUGCUCACCGAGGGCACCAUCUACGACACGCGCAGCUACCUCAGGGACGUGCACGCCCUGCACCUGCCCUCGCUCUCCUGGUCGCCUGUGCGUGCGCACGGCGAGCCGGCAGCAGGGCCCAGUGGAGGCCUCACAGCCGACGGGCUCGUGGCCUUUGGCGGCUGCGUGCUGGGCACGUUGGGCAUUCAGCCGGUGGCGCGAGUGGACCCCAUGGUCCUCGGCUCAUGGGGCGCUCUCUCCCCACCGCAGCCGCAGUCGGUCCCCACGCGCCCCUGCUGCCGGCCGUGGCUGCGCCUCUCUGCGGGCCUCUCGCUGCUGCCGCUGCAGCCCGCCGAACUCGUCUACUCCACUCACGCCCCACCCACCACUGCUCCCUCCGCCGCAAAUCUUACAUGCAAAGAGGGCGCAGGCGCAGGCUCGGUCGUGGGCUCGGGCUCGGGCUCAGGCUCGGGCUUGGGCGCGGGCUGCUCGGGCUCGGGCUCGGGCUCACUUGGUUUUAAUAACCCCGUGGGCAGCCUCAGCGGUGGGAAGAGCUCCUCUGGGGAUGCUGCUUCACCCAACAGUGCUCCUGCCAGGGAAGGCUCGCGGUCUGGCCUUGUGCCGCUGAUAGGGCAGGCUGUGAUGGCAGGUGAUGCUGCUGUGGCGGGAGCCGUGGCAGGGGAGAGUGCAAGUACACCAGGAGCAGGUGGUGGGGCAGAUGGUGUGGUUGCUAGAGGGUUGGAGAGGCCUGGCGCACCAGCGACACCGCCAGUGUUACCAUCAACUGCAGCAGCACCAGGACUACCAGGAGCACCACCAGCAGCAGUAGCAGCAGCACCAGGACUACCACCACCAGCACCAGCAGCACCAGCACCAGCAGCACCAGCACACGACAGUGGCCAGCAUGGGCCGCAAGUCAUGCUAAUGCGAGUGGAAGCGAUGCCGCCUCCACCACACGCGCUCCAUACCUCUCACCUGGCAGCAGCCCGCCCAGCAGAUAGGACAGUUUCUAGCAGCAAUGUUGCUUGUGAUGGUCCUUCCCCUGGGGCUCUUUAUGCUGUUGAUGCAGCUGCUGCUGCUGCUGCUUCUCCUCCUCCACCUGCUGCUGCUUCUCCUCCUCCCCCUGCUGCUGCUUCUCCUCCUCCCCCUGCUGCAGCUGCUGCUGCUGCUGCUUCUCCUCCUCCCCUUGCUGCUGCUGCUGCUGAGACUCCUCUUUCAGUGGUUGCAGAGGACUUCUCCCGGUGGACCCUCUGCUGCGGUAACUCUAGCCUCUCACCAACAGAAGCAGCAGCAACGCCAGUGCCGACAGCAGCAGCAGCAGGGGCGUCUGCGCAUCUCGAAGACGGUUCCCCUACGGAGGAGGACUGUGCUACCGCGUGGCCGCUGUGCCACACCGCCUUUCGCCUCCCGCAUCUCACAACUGCUCUCCUGCCCUCUUCUUCCCUCCUCCCCCUACACCUGUCACCUGCUGCCUCCCCUCCUGCCAUUGCUGCUGCUCGUCGUGCCACCACUGCUGCUCCUCCUGGUGAUGCUGUAGACACUCCUGAUGCUGGCGAUACAGAUGCUGCUGCUUCUCAUGCCUCGCCCCCCUCAUUUCCCCGUUGCCGUCCGUUUCUCAACAGAUCUGCCAGUCAACGCGUUGUCACGCCAACAGCGUCAGCUGCACCUGACUCUCCGCAGCUGCUCACUCCGCUUGCUGCCCCUGCUCAUACACUCCCCUCUCUGCCUGCCUCACUGUCUGCCUCCCCUCCUCUGUUUACCCUCGCUGAGGGAGAAGGAAUAGAAAGGAGGCAAGGAGGAGGGGGGACCCCUCAGUUGUUGCUACCAUCAGGGGCCGGGGAAGUAGAGGGGGGGGAAGUAGAGGCAGGUGUGUGUGCUGCAGCGACCAGCACUGCUGCUGCCACUGUGGCUGCUGCAGCAGCUGCAGCGGCGGGAGAUGUGGCAGUGGCAGCAGAAGCAGCAGAGGCGGCGGCACAGGCAGUGGCAGCGGUGGCAGCAGCGUGUGUGAACAUAGCACUUAUGGUGCGGGAUGUGAGGCAGUCGCUGAUCAUGCGCAGGGGAGGGACGGGGGAGGAGGAGGGAGAUGCUGUUGGCAAGCACCAGCAGCAACGGCACCAGUGAGGUGGCCAGUGGUGUGCGUGUGUGUCUUUGAUGCGUGUGUUUGUGUAUUCAGUGUGUGCCUGUGUGCUAGCUUGCGUACGUGUGAGUGUGUGCAUCUAGUAAAAUCUCGAUGCAGAAUCUCACUGGACAGUAAACUGCCGAAUGCCCUCCAAUUAUUUGCUAAUAUGAUAGUGUUACGGUAUAUGCUCGGGUAUGAUCGUGUAUGGUA